GCCGCACCUCCAAACAUCGGUUCCUAUGAGCCUAGUAGCAUCGCUUCAUGGCUGAAGAUGCCGUGACAGCCGUUAAUAUCCGCGUCUGUCUUGUUACAUAUUUGAUAAAUAUGACGGGGAUUUUAAACAAAUCUCGCCUGUUGUUAGUUUUAUUAUUUUUUGUACAUUUUUCUGAUGUUUUGAGGUCUGUGACAGCGCAAGAGAAUGACGAGUCACUGGAGCUCAUGCUGUCGGAGGAUACAGCGUCCGACUCAGAGAACAGCCCCAAGUUUGUGGAGUCAGAAGACCUGGACUCUCUGCCGAAGAGGCAGUUCAAGACAGCUGAGAUCGCAGAUGCUGUGAUGGGGACUGAAACCCCCAUCGACCCAUCUGACAUCGAGUCACUGUUCCCCAAGAAUGUGAAAGACUUCAAGUCAGGCUUCUCUCCGCCCUGUGAUGAGAACAGUGCUCAGUGCGGUUCACCUGCUCUGGAUGCAAACGGAGCAUCGCUAGAAGAGAAGGGCUCAGAAUCACCACAGCAGGUCACUCUCGACAUAGUGCGUGCCGACGUCACGGCAACUGAGGAGCAGAACACCACCGAGGCCGCCAAGACGUACAAAGUGAACUGUGAUAAGAGGAACAUCACAGGAAUGGACAACUUCACCGUUCAGGUCCUCAACGCUUCCCAGGACCUGAUGGAGUUCCUCAACGCUAACGGCACAGAGUGCUCCGUGGUGCUCUUCUUCACCUCCUGGUGCCAGUUCUCAGCCAGCCUGGCCCCUCACUUCAACGCCCUGCCGCGGGUCUUUCCCAGCAUGCAUUUCUUGGCACUGGAUGCCUCGCAGCACAGCAGCCUCUCCACGAGGUUCGGGACAGUGGCGGUGCCCAACAUCCUGCUGUUCCAGGGAGCCAAACCCAUGGCUCGCUUCAACCACACCGACAGAACACUGGAGACGCUCACCUCCUUCAUCACUAACCAGACAGAUUUCAGAUUUCUCCUGGCAGUGCUCCUUCUCAGGGAACACUCCCUCAUUACUGACUUAGAUUUAAUUGGUCAUUUAGUGUUUGCAGAUCACCUUGUGAGUUUCCAGACAUUCAUCUGUGGACUGUCUUUGCUUCUGUUGCUGAAAUACUUCUAGUGUUUUGUGCUCCUGUCACAUUUUUAUUCACUGUGGGCUCAUUUUUCACUCCAGUAUAAAAUCCUGCACCUCUAUGGAAAAAACACAACCAUGGCUAGAUCUAGAGGAAACUCAAAAAUGUCUUUUGUGCAGUCUAACAAAGUUAAAAUGCCAUAAAUCGUUAAAAGAGAAAAAAGUUUCUGUGACUACUAAUUUUACAAAGGAAAAAAAAAGCUGCGAUCAACAUAU